AUUUGUAUGAUUUACAAUGAUGGCUCUCGGACAUCCUCACCUCUCUACUCUGUACCGGCACUCGAUCGGUUCAUCACAGACAGACUGAUGCUCCAAUGGAUCCAAUCCAUCCCAGAGAGACGACUCAGAAGAGAGAGAGAGAGAGAGAGAGUGACGGAUCUCAUCGGGUAAAAUUGUCAAGGGGAGCAAUUUUUAGUUGAAUUCAACAGUUUUUAGGUGAAAUUGCCGCAAGGGUUUAGAUCGUUCGUGACAAUAGUGAGGAGCUCGGUUCGAAAUCUACUCAGAAUUUUCUGUCUUUCUAUUCUUCGGUCGAUCCGCCGGAAAGGUCAAAUCUCCACCGCAGAUUUCCCGGCGGAGGAGAAUGGAGAACGCCGACUUGUUCGGGUCGUCGACGGCGCCUCUGACGUGGCACGACUUCCUGGAGCGCAUGCGACAACCCUCCGCUGCCGAUUUCGUCAAAGCCAUCAAGAGUUUUAUUGUGUCAUUUGCAAACAACUCUCCCGAUCCAGAAAGGGACAGUGCUGCUGUGCAGGAGUUUCUUAGCAACAUGGAAGCAGCUUUUGGGGCUCACUCACUUUGGGCUGGAUGCUCAGAGGAGGAAUUGGAGAGUGCUGGUGAAGGACUGGAGAAGUAUGUAAUGACAAAGUUAUAUACUCGUGUAUAUGCUUCACUCCCAGAUGAUGUGAAAGUUGAUGAUCAACUUUAUGAGAAGAUAGCUUUAGUUCAACAAUUUAUACGGCCAGAGAAUUUGGACAUCAAGCCACCUUUUCAAAAUGAAACGUCAUGGUUGCUUGCUCAGAAGGAGCUGCAAAAGAUCAAUAUGUACAAGGCACCAAGAGACAAACUUGUUUGUAUCCUCAAUUGUUGCAAGGUCAUCAGUAACUUACUAAUAAAUGCUUCCAUUGCGUCAAACGAGGAUCCUCCUGGAGCUGAUGAGUUUCUUCCUGUUCUUAUUUAUGUCACCAUAAAGGCAAACCCUCCACAACUACACUCCAAUUUGUUGUACAUACAACGGUACAGGCGGCAGUCCAGAUUAGUUGCAGAAUCAGCUUAUUUUUUCACAAACAUGCUCUCAGCAGAGUCCUUCAUUUUGAACAUUGAUGCCAAUGCCCUUUCAAUGGAUGAAACCGAGUUCCAAAGUAACAUGGAAUCUGCCCGAGCCCUUCUCUCUGGCCUUUCAGCAGAUACUUAUGAUCUGCCUAGUCAAAGCCCUGGAAGUCUUCUCACAAAGGCAGAAUCUGUGGAUCUUAAGCGGCAAGCAUUGAACACAAAAAGGUAUCAGGACCCCAUAGCACAAUCUCAGUUCUCACAAGGAUCAUUUGAAACAAAAUCAGGGAACAAGGAAGAAGCACAUGGAAAAGAUCAGGAAGCCCUACACAAAGUUCCUUCUGUCUCGGAUUUAGAGAAUAGAGGAGCAUUUAUGCUUAUGAAAGAGGAUCAAACAAGCCAGAUCUUUCAGGAUUUCCCUUAUUUGUUCUCGCAGGCUGGUGAUCUGACAGUUGGUGAUGUCGAAGAGCUCCUAAAUAAUUACAAACAACUUGUUUUCAAGUAUGUUUGUCUUUCCAAAGGAUUGGGAAUUGCAACACCAUCUCCUGCAUUGCCCAUUUCACAAAGUCGAUCCCAAAAAGAAGCUGAGAACUUGAAGAAAUCUGAAGAUACUGGCGUAGGAGAGUUGAAUACUGAGAAUAAAGACACCAGUAAGACAGAUCAAUCACAAGAAGAGUCUGGAAACGCAAAGGGUUCCAAAGAUACCGGAGCAGGUGAUUUGAAUAACGAGACUGCUGAAGAUACUGAUAAAAGGGAUGACAACUCAAACAGAGGCUUUUUGCUAGGAGGAGAAAAUUCUGAAUCGAGGACAGUGCAAGAUGGAGUAUCAGUGUCUCAAGGUGAGUGAAGAGAGGGGACUUCCCAUACAUCUCUCUUCAUACCUGCUUUGCAUAUAAUAUAUGAUGAUACAUCAUACAUACAAAGCCAUGACAGCCAUUGGGACAAUCACAUCUCUGGGUGACAGGCUUACAACUGGGAGCUUUUUGGGUCAGUGAAAAGAACAGAAUCAAAAGUGAAUAGGAAGUUUGAGCAUGAAAGCACAUGCCAGAGGAAAUGUGUCCUUAAACCAGAAUGAUUUUGUUGUCUCAAUCCAAUGAUUCUCUUUUCUUUCUGUUAAUUUAGAAGUUUCAUAUGAUAUUGCUAGGAAUUGGUUCUUUUCAGCGCGUACUAUUUUUGAUAAUUCUAGUAUUGGUGGUUGGCUGAGUUAUUCCAAUUUAAAAAAUAUAUAUGCACCUCCCAUCCUCAGAUGUUCCUUGAGACUUGGGGAUAUGUUGGCGUAAGCUUCAUUUAAGUGAAAA